CUUCGGGCAGCCAUGCGGGUACUGGUGGGUGGGGGGACCGGCUUCGUGGGCACAGCCCUGACCCAGCUGCUGCGGAGCCGCGGCCAUGAAGUGACCCACGUCUCUCGGCAGGCGGGCAAGGAUCGGAUCAGCUGGGAGCAGCUGUCCCAGUCUGGAUUGCCCCAGUGCGAUGCUGUGGUGAACUUGGCUGGUGAAAAUGUCCUCAACCCUUUCCGCAGAUGGGGCGAUGCCUUCUGCAGGGAGAUCAUCAGAAGCCGCGUUGAGACCACCAAGACCUUGGCCAAAGCCAUUGCUGAUGCUGAGCAGCCACCCCAUGCUUGGGUCGUCGUCACCGGCGUAGGCUAUUACCGCCCUAGCCCCACAGCGGAAUAUACUGAGGACAGUCCUGGGGGGGACUUUGACUUCUUUUCACGCCUGGUGAGCUCCUGGGAGGCUGCAGCUCUCAUCCCUGGGAGCCCAGCUCGUGGUGUUGUGGUGAGAUCUGGAGUAGUGCUGGGCCAAGGUGGUGGUGCAAUCUCUCAAAUGAUCUGGCCCUUCCGCCUUGGACUAGGAGGCCCAGUGGGCUCUGGGCUCCAGCCCUUCCCCUGGAUCCACAUUCGGGACCUGGCUGGGAUUGUGUGUCAUGCCCUGGAGACUGAGGGUCUCCGAGGUGUCUUCAACGGUGUGUCUCCAUCCUCCCCUGCCACCUCCAAUGGCACCUUUGCUCGGGAGCUUGCUGCUGCCCUGGGGCGCCCAGCGCUGCUGCCCAUGCCUGCUUGGGCUGUGCGGGCUGUCUUUGGUGCAGAGCGGGCUGUGAUGCUGCUGGAAGGCCAGAAAGUGGUGCCAAAACACACCCUGGAGAGUGGCUACAGCUUCAUCUUCCCAGAUCUACCAGGAGCACUGAAGGACAUCGUGUCUUGAGGACUCCUCGGUUGGGCUGGGUUGGGCCCUGUUUCUGUGAGCAGCCUGGCUCAUGUGCCUUCCCCUGGGUGAAAGAGGCAAGCCCUGCCCCUUGUUGACACUUCCCUACUACUGUACAAAGAUGAGCAAUCUGUUCCCUUUCUGUCUCCCUUUGUGCAUCCCCAGUUUAGGAGUCAUCCCUCUUACUGUCAUCUGCAGUCUCCACAGGACCUGCUUUUGGGCAGGGGAAUGAGCCCCUCUGAGGGUUGUGACUGCUGAAUCUGAUCUGCCAUCUUCCCUUUUCCCCUCAUGCUGAUCCCUCAGUGGCUGGCACUUAGUCCUUGCAGCACAAAUACAUGGGAUAGAGUGAGGUUACACAGCAUUAUGAAAAGGUUUUGUAAGAAGACAGGACACACUGUGGUGAUAAAAUGCUGAGUUCAGCCAGGCCAGUACUGACUGGCCCUGGUUUACACCCAACCCACCUCUUUUAUACCCCUUUUCUGUCUACCUCCUCUUUGUUGCUCCCAGUUUCUCCUCCCCUGCACGUUCCCUCCACAGGUAAUGUGGUCCCACUAACUCCAUCCAACAUCCUGGGCACUCAGGUUUGCAUCCUUACCAGUUGCUAACUCCUUGUUGUCUAUAGCUUCUGGAGAGCUCAUCAGCAGAGCAAUCAGGUGGUCAGGCCCAGGCAGCAUGGGUUUAUGAAAGGCAGUUUCUGCUCACGAAGCCUGAUCUCCUGUGGCAAAACAACCUGCUCAGUGGAGGAGGGAAAGGCUGUGGAUGUUGUCUACCUUGUCUUCAGUCCAUGACCCAGUUGUGUAGCCCCAUCUCUCCUAAAUGGAGAGAAUUGGUGUCUCAGCCACCAGAGCUUAGGAUGUCUCCAGCUACUGUCCACCUCUGGUCCCUCCAGUAACCAAUGCUUCCAGUUAUCAUGCACACAGCUGGUAUAGAGCUCUCUUCACUUACUCAGCUGCCUGGAUAGUUGCUUACACAUUUAUACAACCUUGCUUGCUCGGUGUGCUCGCACCACAGACACGGGCCUUGUGUCUCCAGUUACUGCACUCAGGCCCCCACACACAUGCACACAGAAUACAGUGUUCACCCAGGACGAUAGUUAGCAAUGAAGUUUAAUAAGACAGAAGAGACUGCGCUAAGCAAAGGGCAGGGCCAGACAACUGCACUAACCAGGACGUGGUUCUUCCCAUGAAUAUCCUGUAAUAAAUCUUGUACAAUCCUGAGAUGCUUUUCACCUUCAUUCCAUGUGUCUAGGCCGUUAUGCCCAUAGGCAGUAACUGUCUCAGAUGACCCAGAAAGCUACUGCCACUGAUUGACCAGAAUGGGUAUCACCCUAAUAGCAUGGGGCUGAUUGCUCUGCUGCUACUGCCCUAGGAAGAGCUGAUUUAGGGUGUCUUGUUUCUCUGGUCAAGUUAGUGUAGUUUCUCUACGUGUUGCUGGGCCUCUGUGUUCACCUCUGUGUGUGGAGACCAGCUUUUUAUUGUAUAACCAACAAGAUGCACUUAGCAAAGGAGCAGAGAAGAGCCUGAACCCAGCAGGGCUGUUAAACAUUUUGUAUAAUCACUUCUCUGAAGGCUUUACUGAUAAGGCCAUCCUGUAGCAAUAACAACUUACAUUUCAGAGGACAGCUGAAUACAAGAUCCAGGACAGUAGCUUUGUAGACAGGAAAGGUAUUAUUUCCAUUUUCUAAUCCUGCAAAGGGGAGAAGUGACUACCAUGAGUGCUCCGUCUGGUUACUGAGCUUGGGAACUGCUCAGGCUUCUCUGGGAUGUAGAGAAAGGUGUAAAGAAAAGCUGGGAGUUUUGUGCAUAUACACUUUGACAGGGGCACCUCCACCAUGACAUGAGGAUGACAUGAGGGACAGUUUGGUGACAGAUCACCAGCUGGAAAAGGGGCUAUUCACCAACCCCCUCUGGGUGGUCAGCCGGACCCAACCCAACUCCCACACAACUUGCCUAGACUGUAAGGUAUUGGUUUCUCUAGGAGGAGGCUGUGGGAAACUAUUGAACCCAGGUAGACAAUGUCCAUUCCCAGCCUGCAUCAACUGAACAGGUUACUCUGUUGUAGAAGGUGAUGAGGUUUGUCAAGCACGAUUUGCUCCUGGGGAAUCUGUGCUGGGGUUUUCCAGUCACGUGCUUGGUUUGACUUGUGAUAGCCUCCAGGAGGGUUUGCUCCAUUAUCUUUGCUCCACCAUCAUCCAGGAUGAUUCACUCCAUCAUCAUCUGAUGUAAGACUGAUGGCCCUAUAAUUUUCUGGAUCCUCCUUGAGCCUGUCUUGGGGUGAUGGGGGUGAUAUUAGCCACCUUCUAGUGUUUCAUAAUGUCCCUUGAUCUCCAUGACUUCUCCAAGAUGAUGGAGUGUGCCCUCUGUUGUUGCUGGUAGUGUCUGAUGGGACAGCCCUACAGCAGUUAUGAAAAAGGUUUAUUCUAAUGCAUUCAUUAUUUUGGAUGUCUCUUUCUUCUUGGAACACAGUCUGAAGCACCUUUAAAAAAGACAUGAAUUUAAAAGCUUCAAGCAUUUGAAAUGUAAUGUCAAAGUGAUUCAGUGUUAUUCUAUUAGAGUAAUUAAGUAUUGUAUUAAGUAAUAUGUAUAGUCUAUAUAGAGUAUUGUAUUAGAGUAAUUAAGCUUUUUUGUAUAGAGAGGUUUCUUCCAGUCUUGUCUUUACAAGGAAUAAAAUGAGAAAAUCAAUUCUCUGGCUCUUCUCACAGAGUUCAAAGUAGAUCAGCUCCCAGAAGCAAAGUCAUUAGAAGCUUAAGUGAAGUUUCCUUAACUCUG